AUGCAUUUAUAUUCAGAUGAAGAUCUUAUUGAUAUUAUGGAGGAAGAUAUUGAAGAUAUUGAUGAUAAAGAAAUGGAUACAUAUGAUGAAAUUAUUGAAGAUAGUAGAUUAGAAAAGAAUUUAGUAGAAAAAUAA